AUUAGACAUUUUCGAAUUUAUACGUAUAUUCAUGUUUUAUUAUUUAUUCGUACUUUUGACUUGAAGAGGAAGUAUAACAUAAGUACCAAUGUAUAUCAUACAUAUAUCAAACAGACUUAUUGCAUAAAAUUUUCUUCAUAGAAACUGGAUUUAAAUAAAUGGGAUUCAAAUAGGGUUCAAAUGAAAUGAAAAAUAAUUUUAUCAGUUUAUCAAACCGGUUACAUGGUUUCUGACAUACGUUGCAUUUUGAAUUGAAUUGUGACAAGUAAAUUGGACUCAUUAAGAAAAGAAAAUCAUCGCUUACAUGCAACGGUUUGGUUGUAAUUUUAACAGCAAUUGAAAGCAAAAAGAUAUCGCUAUCAAAGAUUAUAUUCUAAAAAAUAAUAGAGAUAAAAUUAAUUGUUUAAAUAAACAAAGCAAAUAUGUAGUAUGUCUGUUUAAAUGUCACUUAUAUGUCAAAAAUACCGAUCGUAGAACACGAAUAUACAUAAAUGAUUCAUAAUUUAAUUAAAAAAUGAAGAAACAAUGGUUAUCAAAUUUUGUAUUAGCCGGUAUUAUUAGAUUUUUAUUAAUGAAUUCUGAAUAUCAGAAAGUUAUUAGCGAUCGUGUGGAAGUAUCUACUGCGCUGAAUUCGUGGAAGAGAGUAACUGAAGGAGUGUAUUUGUAUAAUUGUGGCAUUGAUCCCUAUACAGGAGAUUUGUUUCACGAAACACCAAUUGGAUUAUAUGUUUUCAAUUUCAUACAGCAACAUCUAUCACAAUGGAUCUUAUUUUGCUUAUUUGUAUUUACCGAUUUGUUAACAGCAGUAUUUCUUGGACUUACAGCUAAACAAUAUGCAACUGAAUUGGUUUCUAAACAAAAAGUAGAAGAAAAAUUGUGCAAUGAAAAUAAAGAAACUCAUAAUGAUGCAUCUAUAGUAUAUACUUCAAUGAUGUAUGUCUCAGCAGGAUAUUUAUUCAAUCCAUAUAUAAUACUCAACUGUGUUGGACAUACAACAACAGUAUUCACAAAUUUGUUGUAUUCCAUAGCAUUGGUUUCAAUGACAAGAUCUAUAUUUUGGAAUUGUUUAUCAAUUUCUCUAUUAACACUACAAGGACUCUAUCCUGUUUCACUUAUAAUGCCAGCGAUCAUCUAUAUUACUCAUUCUAAUAGUAUAAACCGAAAAAGAAAUAUUAUAAACUAUGUUAUAGUAUUUGCAAGCAUAAUAACCACUCUGUUUGGCAUUUCAUAUUAUAUUAUGGGAAGUUGGUCAUUUCUUUGGAGCACACUUGGCUUUAUCCUAACUGUUCCUGAUUUACGUCCAAAUGUUGGACUUUACUGGUACUUUUUCACAGAAGUAUUUGAGCAUUUUAGAUGGCUUUUCAUCGCUUCCUUUCAAAUAAAUGUCAGUUUAUUGUAUAUAGUACCAUUGGCAUUAAGGUUACGACAUGAUCCUAUGUUAUUAGCAUUUUCUUAUUUAGCAGUUACUGCCAUAUUUAAAUCUUAUCCUUGCAUAGGAGAUGUUGGAUUUUAUAUGUCUCUUUUACCGCUAUGGAAACACUUAUUCCAAUAUACACAACAAGGAUUUAUUGUAGGCUGUUUUAUGUUAUUUUGUACAGUUUUUGCACCUACUGUUUGGUAUCAAUGGAUUUAUUCUAGAUCAGCUAAUGCAAAUUUUUAUUUUGGAGUCACAUUAGCAUUUGCGAUAGCACAAAUUUUUUUACUGACAGAUAUUCUUUUCGCGAGUGUAAAACAUGAAUUUGCUGUACGUCACGGUAUUAAUAAGGAUAUUAGUGGAAAUACUGCGAAACUACUUUUAGAAUAAACUUAUAUUUUACAAAGUAACAUUAAAAUUAUUGAUUAAAGUUUCAAAUUUACAAGAAA